AUGGCGCACAUUCUCCUAAAAGUGGUCUGUGUGGGUGGUGUGCGGCAAAAAGUGUGCAGCAGCAGUAGCAGUAGGCAGUCAGUUCAGUCGUAUAUCAAAUCGUACCAGCGUGCAACCGGUCGUGGUUCGGCCAGUGAAUUCAGGUGCCGUGAUCUGCCGCGAGUUACCCUUGCCAAUCAGCGAGGCUUCACGCGACUGGAGGCUCGUUAUGUCGGCGUGGACAGUGGCAUCGAGAAAACAAUGUUGAUGCUGGGUGUGGGAAAAUCUUCGAAGCAAAGAAAGUUGGAUGAUAAGAAGAGGCUUCGCCUGGGACGGAUGUUCCUCGAGCACAUCUACCAGAUUUUAUGCGAGAACGAUCGAUUUUGCAGUCUGCAGGGAUUUGAACUUCAACGGGUGGAUGUUGGUCCAACAUACCAAGUGAUGGAUGUGUACUGGUUAGCAAAAGGCGAUGAAUCCGACCAAGUUACGGAGGAGUUUUUGAAAAGUUCUGAGAAUUUCGUCCGUAAAAGGCUGUCCGAAUUUCUGGGAAACAGCAAGGUACCACGUGUCAAUUUCACUGCUGAACGCAGGCAUCUUUUAGAGCAGGAAAUGGAUCGUUUGUUUGAAAAAGCUGAUUAUGGUAUGCAGUACCGUGCUGUAAGUCAUACCGGCGCUAUAUUAGGGUCUAUGGCUGAUGCGGCAUCUUAG